UCCUAUAAAAUCGCUCAAACUUGCAAAAAACAAAACAUAAGUUAAGAACUCAAGAGUUUUUAUAAAGUUUUUGGUCACUCAAAUCUGCAAUCAUGAAAAAGGAAGCGCUGUGGGUACUUGUGGUGGUUUGGGGUAUCGCAUGUUUAUGGGGCUCUCGUGGGUAUUGGGAACAAGAAAGGAUUGCCCUCUUAGCGCUCAAUGAGACACUUGACCUGUCAGACUACUGGGGAUCGAUUUCCAACUGUUGCAGCUGGUACGGUGUUGAGUGCAACCCCACCACGGGACGAGUCACUCAGCUGAUGCUUGGUGGUUUGAGGUCUUACCGAUUUGGCAUCAAAACUUGGUACCUAAACGCUUCUCUACUUCUUCCCUUUGAAGAACUCAAGAGCCUUGACUUGUCCUUCAACUAUUUAGGAGGGUGGAUUGCACCAGAAGAACCAAACCUGCUAUCUUCAAGGCUGAGGAAACUAGAGGUGCUUGACUUGGGAGAUAACUCUCUGGAUAAUUCCAUUCUGCCCAUUCUCGGUACAAUUCCGUCUCUCAUGUGUAUAGACCUCCAAGCCAACAAUUUGAAUGGGACUUUACAAAUGAAUGGUGGUUUCAGUAAUUUAAAGGAGCUGGACAUAAGUUAUAAUGCAGUUGAUGCAGCGGCUACUGCUGAAGGCAUAAAAAACUUGAGCCACUUAGAGAACCUCCACCUAGAUGGUGUCCACUUGAAGGACGCGGGGACCGUCCUGCGAGCAUUAGGGGCACUAUCAUCCCUCAGGAACCUUUCUCUCCAGCAGAAUACAGUAGAAGGAACAAUUACUGCUCAAGAUUUCCAUAACUUCAGUAAGUUGGAACAGCUCAUCUUGGAUUAUUCUUUGUUGAAUACAAGCAUGGGAAUCCUUUCUAGCCUUGGUCCUUUGACAUCUCUUAGAUUGUUGUCCUCAUACAGCACCAGUCUAAUUGGCAACCUAUCAGAUCAGAGCUUGUGCAACCUGGUAAAACUAGAAGAGCUGGAUCUUAGCAAUAACGGAAUUACCGGCAGGCUUCCUACAUGCUGGCGAAACAUGACCUCUAUUCGGAUUUUGAGUCUUGAAGACAAUGAAUUGACCGAUAGUGUCGCGUCAUCUCCCCUCACAAGUCUUAACUCACUCGAAUAUCUUUCCAUUUCGGGUAACCAUUUUGAUAUGCCCUCAUCACUAGGUCCACUUGCAAACCAUUCAAGACUUAAGGUGCUGUUGCUUGAUGAUACUAAACUAACAAUUGAUACCAAAAUUGCGUCUCUAAUCCCGAGGUUCCAGUUGAAGGUUUUUAGAACAUCAAAUAGUCCAUCAAGAGGUUUUAAAGUGACUUCUCUAGGCUUUCUCAAUCAUCAAUAUGACCUGAGAAUCUUCGAUCUCUCCUCGAAUGACAUUCCUGGUCCCUUUCCAGCUUGGUUGUUGGAAAACAAUACUAAGUUGGAGCUGCUUUUUAUGUCAAAUAACUUAUUUACGACGCUUGAGCUUCCAUCAAUGACCCUUUUUAAUCUUUCGGUGAUGGACAUAUCCAACAACAGCAUGAGAGGAGAGCUCACUGCCAAAUUUUGUGCAGAUGUCCCAAAUCUGCACCACCUUAAUCUAUCAACCAACAAAUUGGAAGGGAAUAUUCCAUCUGAACUGGGUGGUCUAAAAUCCCUAUAUGUCUUAGACCUGUCUAGCAACAAUUUCUUAGGGGGACUACCUGUCGAGUUACUAGAUAGUAACUCAUCAUUGGUACACCUCAACGUAGCAUAUAACAACUUGCAAGGAGAAAUUGUAUUUUCCGACACAACCAUGAGCCUAAAUUUGACAGAUCUGCGGUUAGAUCACAACAAGUUCACUGGAAAUCUCUCUUUCCUUUCGUCACUCGAAGAAUUGUUGAUAUUGGACAUUAACAACAACUUUUUCAGCGGCAAGCUUCCCAGAUGGAUUGCAAACACGUCACAGCUUGUGGUCCUUGACUUGUCCAAAAAUCAGUUGGAUGGCCUCAUCCCUCAAGAACUCUUUAAUCUUGGUUCGCUCAAGUAUUUGGAUUUGUCUGACAACAAUCUCUCUGGUUCAUUAGCAUCAUGUUUUAUAGCACCCGAGUUGAGGCACAUCCAACUGUCUAGGAACAAAUUGAAUGGUUCAAUCGUGCAUGUGCUCUCUAACAGCUCCAAUUUGGUGACCUUGGAUCUGAGUGAAAAUGAGCUCUCCGGAAGCAUACCCAAUUGGCUAGGUAACCUCUCUCGAUUGAGCAUUCUUUUACUGAGAGGUAAUAGCUUCGGCGGAACAUUUCCCGAGCAAUUGUGCAAAUUGAAAGGCUUAAGUAUGAUCGAUCUUUCUGAUAACAAUCUAUUUGGUCCAUUGCCUAGUUGCUUGGGACCCAUGAAUUUCUCCGAAGGAUACACCGAUAAGAUAACUUCAACACCGCUUGGGGGACAUGGAAUUGGAGUGGGGUCACCUUGGUCUUACGUGAAGACAAGCCAUACCUGGGACAUUGAUGUAACAACGGAAGUAGAUACAUUGCAAGUUCCACACACUGCUCGAUUCACAACAAAAAGAAGGUUUGAUUCUUAUAAAGGCUAUGCACUCCUUAAAAUGGUAGGAUUAGAUUUUUCUCGCAACCAGUUCAGCGGCGAGAUCCCACCAGAGAUUGCAAAUUUACAGGACAUGCUUGUCCUGAACCUGUCGUAUAACAAGCUUACAGGACGUAUACCGAUAUCGUUGUCGAGCCUCACAAAGAUAGAGAGCAUUGACCUUUCCUACAACAACUUGAUUGGUACUAUCCCUAAAGAGCUUACUCAGUUGAAUUCCCUGGAAGUCUUCAAUGUGUCUUACAACGACUUGUCAGGAGCCAUACCAAACAAAAAUCAGUUUGGGGCAUUCGAUGAAAGCAGUUACUACGGAAACCAUCUUCUGUGUGGACUGCCGUUGAGUAAGGACUGCUUGACAACCAUUAACGUUAAUUGCUCGGCAACAAAAUCAUGCACGAAAGCUAGAGAAGAUGGUUUCAUAGACAGAGAGACAUUCUCUUUCGGCUUCGGAGUGUCAUACACGACGGUUUUACUGGUAAUUCCAGUUGUUCUGUUCAUCAACCCCCAGUGGCGGCAGGGAUGGUUUCACUAUGUGGAACUGGUUAUCACCACAUGUCGGAGCUUGAUCCUCACAUGCUACUACUUUGUGCAGGACGGUUUUCGAAAAUUGUCUAAUCGCCAAACAAUUUAGGUUCUCUCUCAUUCUGCAUUUCCAGGAAAUGGUAGGAUUGGGUUUUUUUUUUGCUGCCAUAUACUAUUGUCGUUGAUCAACGGGCCUCAGUGUGGAUCUACUAGGUCAAUGUAAGUUUUUACCUUCAUAUUUGAAUUAGGUCUUGUCCUAAUUUCCUUGAAAACAAUGCAUCGAGUGAUCUUUCCCUCUUUCGAAAAUGAAGUUUUUU